AUGGCCGCACACUUCUCCGUCGCCCGCGCAGCGCGCCAAUUGAGCUCCUCCGCCGCUCGCAGACCCUCUGCCUUUGUGUGCCAGCGCUGGCAGCGCCCUGCGAUAGUCGAGCGACGGCUAUUCUCGGGAUCCGCCGCAGUGAGGGAGAAGAAGUACACAGAAGACCACGAGUGGAUUGAGCUUUCCGCAGACGGCAAGACCUGCACCCUCGGCAUCUCCGAAUACGCCGCCAAAGCUCUCGGCGACGUCGUCUACAUUGAGCUCCCGCAAGUCGAAAUGGACGUGGCCGCCGGCGACGCAAUCGGCGCCGUUGAGUCGGUAAAAUCCGCGUCCGACAUCCUGACCCCCAUUGGCGGCACCGUGACCGAGGUGAACGACGCGCUGCAAGAAAAGCCAGGGCAGAUCAAUAAGGACCCCGAGGGCGAGAGUUGGAUUGCGCGGUUGAAGGUGGAGGGCGAGCCCGAGGGGAAGAUGAUGAGCAAGGAGGAGUAUACUGCGUUUACGGAGGAGGCGUGAGUGUGGGCAUGGGGCUUGGGUGGGAGGCGGCAUGUGCGGGGGAUAUUUCAACAUCCAGUGGAUGCUAUGUUCAACAGAUGAAGCCAAUUCCGAGCCUUAUGGAGUUUCGACAUUUUUCAGAGGUUCUUGAGAGCACGAUAGUGAUCCCUGGGUUGCGAAUCGCAUUCUGACGGAGCAUAUCAAGUAUUAACACUACAACUAUCCAGAAGCACGCUAACCAU